AGAACAUCGGUUUCGCGCGCGGUCGACCGAGAGUCUCGGCUCAGAUCACUAGCAGCCCUUUCCUCGCUCGAGAUCGACCUCCAGUUGACGAGAUCAGAUCGGAUCGACGUUCGGACUUCCUCCUUCCACCCUCCAAGGACUACUCCAGCACUUCACCCCCGGCCACCCUCAACCAAAAGAUCAAGAAGAAAUCUAUUCAAGAUGGGUCGAAUGCACGCUCCCGGAAAGGGUAUCUCCUCGUCGGCUCUCCCUUACCGACGAUCCCAGCCUUCGUGGUCCAAGGCCACCCCCGAGGAGGUCUCUGACCAGAUCUUCAAGCUCGCCCGACGAGGUCUCGGUCCUUCCCAGAUCGGAGUCAUCCUCAGGGACUCGCACGGAAUCCCCCAGGUCAGGUUCAUCACCGGAAACAAGAUCUUGAGGAUCUUGAAGUCCAACGGUUUGGCUCCUACUAUCCCCGAGGACCUUUACCACCUCAUCAAGAAGGCCGUCUCGGUCAGGAAGCACUUGGAGAGGAACAGGACCGACAGGGACUCCAAGUUCCGUCUCAUUCUGAUCGAGUCCAGGAUCCACCGUCUCGCCCGAUACUACAUCAAGAAGCAGCAGUUGCCCCCUACCUUCAAGUACGAGGCCGCCACUGCUUCCACCUUGGUCGCCUAAGCGUAGAGUCGUGCUUUUCGACAUCUCGCCUACGGUUGAUAGAGGGACGCCCUGGUCGAGGUGCAGAUGGAACGUUGUACCUGGUCUAGUCGUGUCGCUUUGUUCUUUUUUGAUGGGGAUGUAAUGACAUAUGGUGAUGCGUUCUUCUCCUCCGUGG